AAAAUAUCCUCUCUCUUGCUUGCACGAAUCAAACCCUAUCAUUCAUCUAUUUGAUUCGGGGCUCUAUCUUCACCUAUACAUACACCAAUCUAUAUCUAUCUCACCUAGGGUUUCAAUUUUCCCUUUUUCCAAUUAAUAAUUAAACAAUUAAAAUAAAAAAGAUGAUGCAACCAGGAAACGGCAUGGCACCACCACCACCACAACAAUCGUACCAACAACAACCGCCACCUCAGCAACAGUGGAUGAUGCCACCUCAGCAGCAACAACACCCGUUGCCACCUCAUAUGUGGGCCCAGCAACAGCAGCAGGUGCCACAACAGAUGAUGCAAGGUGGAUAUGGCGGUGGCGGUGGUGGUGGCGGCUCGGAUGAGAUUAGGUCGCUUUGGAUUGGGGAUUUGCAGUAUUGGAUGGAUGAGACUUAUGUUACUAAUUGUUUUUACAAUACUGGAGAGGUUGUUACAGUGAAGAUUAUUCGUAACAAGCAAAGCGGACAACCUGAAGGGUAUGGUUUUAUUGAGUUCAGGAGCCGUGCAGGUGCAGAAAGUGCUUUACAGACCUACAAUGGAACACUGAUGCCUAAUAGCGAGCAGAAUUUCCGGCUCAACUGGGCAACCCUUGGUGCUGGAGAGAGACGCAACGAUGACACCCCUGAUUACACAAUCUUUGUUGGUGAUUUGGCUGCAGAUGUUUCAGAUUACGUAUUGCAAGAAACGUUUAAAAAUGUUUAUCCAUCCUGCAAAGGGGCAAAAGUGGUUACUGAUAGAACAACCGGACGUUCUAAAGGCUACGGUUUUGUUAGAUUUGGAGAUGAGGGUGAGCAACUUCGUGCGAUGACUGAAAUGAAUGGAGUUGUCUGUUCAUCUAGGCCGAUGCGGAUCGGUCCUGCAGCUACCAAGAGUGGUGCAGGUGGUGGUAUGCAGAAAGCUCCUUACCAGAAUGCCCAGGGAAGUCAAGGCGAGAGUGACCCGACUAAUACAACUAUAUUUGUUGGUGGUUUGGACCCAAGUGUCUCUGAUGAAGCUUUGAGACAGGUUUUUGGCCAGUUUGGUGAAUUAAUUCAUGUGAAAAUACCGGUGGGUAAACGUUGUGGAUUUGUUCAGUUUGCUAACAGAGCAUGUGCAGAACAGGCCUUGUCGAUGCUGAAUGGCACUGAAUUAGGAGGCCAGAGUGUUCGACUUUCUUGGGGACGUAGUCCAUCAAGCAAACAGGCGGAGCAAGGCCAACAGUAUGGUGCCGGUGGUGGUGCAUAUUAUGGCUAUGCACCCCAAGGGUACGAGGCAUAUGGGUAUGCUCCCCCACCUCAAGAUCCAAAUGCAUAUUAUUAUGCAGGAGCAGCAACCGGGUAUGGAGGUUAUCAACAACAACAGCAGUGAUCUGUUUUGAUAAAAGUUGUCGGCGCUCAAGAGACUGGCUUGUGUUUACUUAUGAGUUGUGACAAGAGGGUCUGUAGUUUACCGUUGUGGUGUUUGAUAUGCCAAGGGAUCCUGAAACUAUUGUGGAUGUUACUUGACAUUAUUUUUUUAUGUUGUCUUGGUUGAUCUAACUCUGUUUGAAGAUGUUAGGAAUCUUUGUUGAGAAAACUUGAUUGCAUAGUUCUAUUUUCUAAAAGCUUUAUCA